AUGUCUAAUGAUAGUUUAGAAUAUAAUAAAAAAAUCAAAGAUCUAAAAGAAUUUGAUAAUAAGAAAAAUCAAGAUCUUGAAAAUAAUAAUACUUUGAAAUUAGACAAUGUUCUCAAAGAACCUUAUAUCUUCAAACUACUAAGAAUAUAUCAAAAAAAAAUAUCUUCAAAAAAAAUUCAAAAAAUCCAAAAAAUAAACUUAAAUAAAUAUUCACAAAGAAAUAAUAAUAUUA